AUGGAUUUUACUUCAAUUAAUUCUGUUGAUACUAAUUGGUGGGUGUUUACACUCCCAGCAAUUGUUGAAACUCAGAAUUUGUUUAAUUCUUGGCUUUUGAUUUCAGUUUUUAUUGCAUUCCUGUGUGUUGGUCUCUUGACAUGGGCUGUAUCCACUGGAGGUUUGGCCUGGAAAAAUGGGAGAAACCAAAUGGGUUUAGUUCCCAUUUUGGGACCCCGGGGUCUCCCUUUGUUCGGCUGUUUGUUCAGUUUGAGCUGCGGCUUGGCUCACCGUACUCUCGCCUCCAUGGCCUCUAGCUUUCGUGCUAAACAACUCAUGGCUCUGAGCCUGGGUUCAACCCCUGUUGUUGUCACUUCUGAUCCAAUUAUCGCCCGUGAAAUCUUAACCUCUCCUCACUUCUCCAACCGUCCGAUCAAACACUCGGCGAAAAGCCUCAUGUUCAGUCGCGCCAUCGGGUUUGCGCCGAAUGGUUCCUACUGGAGGCUCCUUAGGAGAAUUGCUUCUUCUCACUUGUUUGCGCCCAAGCGCAUUGCGGCGCACGAAUCCGGGCGCCAGAUGGACUGUGUUGCCAUGCUGCACGCCAUAGCUGAAGAACAAUCUCUUAAUGGAGUUGUUUAUUUGCGCAAACAUUUACAAGCCGCGGCUCUGAACAACAUAACGGGCACGGUGUUUGGUAAACGAUACGAUACGGAGCGUCUCCGUGACGAGGCCAAAGAGUUGCAUGAGAUUGUUAGAGAAGGGUUUGAGAUCUUGGGUGCUUUUAACUGGUCUGAUUAUUUGCCAUGGCUGAAAUGCUUUUAUGAUCCUUUUCGUAUCAAUGAACGUUGCUCGGUUCUUGUUCCUCGUAUAAGAAAACUGGUGAAACAAAUCAUUAGAGAGCACCAACUCAAAGACGAAAAAGAGCUCCUUGAUGAUUCUGCUUUUGUUGAUGUUUUACUCUCUUUGAAUGGCGACGAGAAGCUGAAUGAGGAUGAUAUUAUUGCUGUGUUAUGGGAAAUGAUUUUUCGUGGCACUGAUACAACAGCAAUUUUAACUGAGUGGGUCAUGGCCGAGUUGAUUUUGAACCCUGAUGUACAAGUUAAAGUUCAUCAAGAGCUUGACCUUAUUGUAGGAAAUAAGAUUGAUCUCACAGAUGUUGACGUGGCGAAAUUAAAAUACCUUCAGGCUGUGAUCAAGGAAACCCUACGAAUCCACCCACCGGGGCCUCUCCUCUCUUGGGCCCGGCUUUCCACGUCGGAUGUCCAUCUCAGCAAUGGCAUGGUGGUCCCCGCUAAUACGACUGCCAUGGUCAACAUGUGGGCCAUAACCCAUGAUCCAACUGUGUGGGAAGAGCCAUUGGCGUUCAAGCCAGAGAGGUAUUUGAAGAGUCAAGGUGGUGCUGACGUGGACGUGAGAGGUGUUGACCUGAGGCUUGCACCGUUUGGGGCUGGCCGUAGGGUUUGUCCAGGGAAGAACCUGGGGCUUGUCACGGUCAGCCUUUGGGUGGCGAAGUUGUUGCACCGAUUUGAAUGGGUUCAAGACAUAUCUAACCCAGUUGACCUGAGUGAGGUGCUCAAUCUGUCCUGUGAAAUGAAGAACCCUCUCCGUGCUGUUGCGGUUCCAAGAAAUGCAUGA